AUGGGGGGCCAGCAGUUUGGCCUGGCUGGAGUGGAAGGGCUGCUGGGGAGGAGGCCGGAGAGUGUGAAAAGCCUGGAGGGUGGACGUGGGGAGCCCUCUGGCCCUAGCCCUGCUCCCAGCGGCAACAGACCGACCAGCUGUGCGGUGGUCCUGCACAGCCCCUCGGCUCACUUCACCGGCCGCUGGGACGAUCGGAACUGCGCGGAGGAGACACACGGCUUCAUUUGCCAGAAGGGCACGGACCCCUCCCUGAGCCCAUGCCCAGCAGCAUCGCUCCCUGCCCCGGGCACUGAGCUCUCCUACCUCAACGGCACCUUCCGGCUGCUGCAGAAGCCGCUGCGCUGGCACGACGCCCUCCUGCUGUGUGAGAGCCGCAACGCCAGCCUGGCGCACGUGCCCGACCCCUACACCCAGGCCUUCCUCACGCAGGCUGCCCGAGGGCUGCGCACGCCACUCUGGAUCGGGCUGGCCAGUGAGGAGGGCUCCCGGCGGUACUCCUGGGUCUCGGAGGAGCCGCUGAGCUAUGUGAGCUGGCAGGACUGGGAGCCCCAGUACCCGGGGGGCUGCGCCUACGUGGACAUGGAUGGGGCCUGGCGCACCACCAGCUGUGACACCAAGUUGCAGGGGGCUGUGUGUGGAGUUAACGGAGGGCCCCCUCCUCCCCGAAGAAUAAGCUACCACGGCAGCUGUCCCCAGGGGCUGGCGGACUCGGCGUGGAUUCCCUUCCGGGAGCACUGCUACUCCUUCCACAUGGAGCUGCUGCUGGGCCACAAGGAGGCGCUGCAGCGCUGCCAGAGAGAGGGUGGGGUGGUCCUGUCCAUCCUGGAUGAGAUGGAGAACGUGUUUGUCUGGGAGCAUCUGCAGAGCUCUGAGGGCCAGAGUCGGGGCGCCUGGCUGGGCAUGAACUUCAACCCCAAAGGAGGUACCCUGGUCUGGCAGGACAACACAGCUGUGAACUACUCCAACUGGGGGCCCCCGGGCCUGGGCCCCAGCAUGCUGAGCCACAACAGCUGCUACUGGAUCCAGAGCAGCAGCGGGCUGUGGCGCCCAGGUGCCUGCACCAACAUCACCAUGGGUGUCGUCUGCAAGCUCCCUCGAGCUGAGGAGAGCAGCUUCUCCCCGUCAGCAGCCCUCCCGGGGAACCCUGCGGCCCUGGUGGUGGUGCUGAUGGCGGUACUCCUGCUCCUGGCCCUGCUGACUGCGGCCCUGAUCCUCUACCGGCGGCGACGGAGCGUCGAGCGUGGGGCUUUCGAGGGCGCCCGCUACAGCCGCAGCUCCUCCGGCCCCGGCGAGGCCACUGAGAAGAACAUCCUGGUGUCCGACAUGGAGAUGAACGAGCAGCAGUAGAGCCAAGGGCGUGGGCGGGGCCGGGGCAGGAGGAGCUGGGGCGGGGCCGGGGCAGGAGGAGCUGGGCGGGGCCGGGGCAAGGAGGAGCUGGGACCGCCGGGCCCCCCCCCAGCUACAGCCCUGUCUGCCCAUGGAGGGGUUCCCUUGGGAGCUGCUGUGGGGAGCUGGGGCUGGCAGGGCCUGGGCUGGUGGGGUCCCUCCCUCCCACGAGGGCUGGGCUGAGACCUGGCUGAGUGCAGCGUGGCGUUUCCCUUUGGGGGGGGUCUUAAGGUCUUAUCACCCAGGCCUGUGCCCCCAUGGUAACCAGAGGCAGGACGGGAGCCUCCUUCUGCCUCUUCCUCCCCAGGCCCGCCUGCCCAGGCCUGUGCCCCAUGCCAGGACCUGCUUCUCGCUGCAGAGUCUGAGGAACCUCCCCUGAGCCCUCAGGCGGCCUCUGUUGCUUCUCUCCUUCCCUGGCAGCCUCAGCUCUGAGCCCCUCAUGCCAGCUCCUUUCCCUCCCUGCCCCCCUUGUCACCCAGCCCUCCCUUCUGAGCCAGGGCCCUGGGGUUUGGGGAGCCCUCUUGCUCUUGGUGGGGGUCGGCUGAGGGGGCCGAGCAUUUGUCACUCCUGUGCCUGCUGGGGUGGCCAUGGGACAUGGCAGGAGGGCCUGGGCCGGACGGAGAACAAGAGCAUAACUGGCGUCAGCUGGGCUGGAGACAGGACAGGGGAGAGACACCCUGACCUCCUGGGGGUGACCAGGCUGGGCUGGGGUGUCAUCUCCUGCCGGUCGGGGGAGGGCUGUGUCCCUAAAGAGUCCCCUGUGGGGACCAAAAUAAGUUCCCUAACGUUUCCAGCUCCUGGCUCUAGUUUGGAGAGAGAGGAGGUGUUUGGCCAGGGUCCUGGGGGUUUCAGAAGCGAGAGCCUAGGGACGCCCUCUAGUGGGGCCCAGAAGAAGAGCGCCUGAGUCCCCCGAGUGGCCCCAUGCGGGUGGAGCCGAGCCACCCAGCAACUUUCCAAGAGGCCGGAAUCCCAGCAGGAAUCACCAGGCCUGGUGCCGCGACCCAGGACAAUGUGAACAUGGACUCGAAGACAUGGUCCUUUUUUGUAGUUCUUAAUUUUUUUAAUGUGCCAUUAUUGUUUUAAAAAAGAGAAAAAAGAAAAGCAAACAAAUAAAACACCUUUAAGAGGCUUGAGAGAGAAGGGUUCCUGCUCUG